AUUUUGUUUUAUUCUUGUCUCUCUCCUAUUUCUCAAAACACACCUUUCUCCCUCAAUAAGUCGCAGUCAUACUUAUCCCGACAAGAUGGCGCAGAAACUCACGCUCCAGUCUGUGGUGAAGCUUAACUCCGGCUAUGCCAUGCCCCUUCUGGGCUAUGGAGUCUAUCAAACGCAGGCGUCUGUGGCAACUGAAGUCUGCAAAGAGGCUCUGAGAAUUGGAUACAGACAUAUUGAUUCUGCAUCCGCGUAUCACAACCAGGGACCUUCUGCAGCAGGCAUUGCCGCAUCUGGAGUUCCUCGGGAAGAAGUCUUUUUCACCACAAAAGUCCCAGUGCGUGGAAAGCCUCUCGGCUACAAAAACACCAUCGACCUGGUCGAUAUCGCUCUCCAAGAGACCAAGCUGGGCUACCUGGACCUCGUCCUGAUCCACUCUCCCUAUGGCGGCGUCGAGAACCGAAAGGGUGCCUGGAAAGCCCUCGUCGAGUCCGUCGAGGCUGGCAAAGUGCGCUCCAUUGGUAUUUCCAACUACGGCGUGCACCACCUGAACGAGCUGGAGGCCUACAUUAAGGAGCUCGAGUCCGAGCGUGGCGGAGCCGGCAAGGGCGGCGUGAUUUCCGUCGGUCAGUGGGAGAUUCACCCGUGGCUUCCGAGAGACGACAUUGUGCAGUGGUGCCAUGCCAGGAACAUCGCCGUGCAGGCCUACUGCCCCAUUGUCCGCGGUGAGCGCUUCGGCGAGCCCAAGGUCGUUGCGGCGGCAAAGAAGUACGGCAAGACAGAGGCGCAGGUGAUGCUGCGAUGGAGUCUGCAGAAGGGCUUUGUUCCCCUGAUCAAGAGCGUUACGCCGAGUCGCAUUGCUGAGAAUGCGGACCUGUACGACUUUGAGCUGACGGAGGAGGAGGUCAAGGAUUUGACGACAGGGGAGUACAGCCCGAUAGCUUGGGAUCCUACAGUUGAGCCAUUGGACAGGUAAAAUAAGGAGCUGAUGGAAGGUGUUUAUAUGAAUCUAUGCCGAGCUUUGUACACUACAGACGAACCGGCAUAUGCAAGAUACAGUGCUUGCAUAUGGAAGCGUAAAUACAUAGGCAGACGUUGAUAGCUACAUAGACCGAAUCAUGGAAGCGUCAAUCUUUGG